AAACCUCGUUUCGAAGAACACGGCAGCUUUCUUUUGUUCUUUGUCUCAAUUGUUUCCAAAAUGAAGCUAAGUGUAUGUUUUAUAUUGUUCAAUAGUAUUUUAUGUGUAUGGGCAGCGAAGGAUACUCCCAAUAGCGCGGACGCAAUCGUAGAAACACCAUUGGCUGAUCAAAUAUUGCAAUACGGCCUGGAGCUGGUGCUGCAAAAGUUGGAGCAUAUCGAUCGUAAAUUGUUAGUCAUGCAAUUCGAACUAAACGAACUUCGAGAACAAACGGCAAGCAACAAAGUGUCGCACGAAAAAAUGUUUGCUGAUACAAUAACGGCCAUAAAUCGCUUAGAAAACCACGUGGUGAAGCAUAUUGGCCGAAACAUGAGCGUGUCCCAGGAUCAAUCGAAUCGAUCGGUGGAAACUACGUGUGCAACUCCCGAGCGUUUUUGUGAAAAAUGGUUCAACACUACUUUGACGAACAACCAAGGACAAGGAUUGGCGCAACACAAGGAAAGCACAUGGAUCUCCUUAUCCUCGUUAUACAAGUCACGAAUACCAACUGCAGCAUCCCAGCGAGAAGGCAUCACAACAACGACAACACCAUCUACAACAACUCUGCAUCUAAAGUUAGCUUCGUACUCAUCGUGCAAGGACGUUCCUUCCAAUGUGUCCGGAGUAUAUCUAAUUCAUGUUAACAACGAUAGUUCACCAUUUAAAAUGUAUUGUGAGCAGGAAAAGUUUGAUGGUGGCUGGAUUGUAGUGCAACAUCGCUUCAACGGUUCGGUGGACUUUUACCGGAACUGGACUGAAUACCGCGAGGGGUUCGGGGAGUUGGAAAACGAAUUCUGGCUCGGGCUAGAGCUCGUUCAUCAGCUCACGACCGCCCGUGCACAUGAAAUAAUUUUCGAGAUUGAGGAUUUUAGUGACAACUAUGGAUAUGCUCGCUACAAUGAGUUUAAAAUAGGCAGCGAGAGUGAGCAAUACUGCCUAACUAUAGGAAAGUACAGCGGAACUGCAGGUGAUGCGAUGGGGUUGCACAAGGGAAUAAAGUUCUCAACGAUGGAUCGAGAUAAUGAUGGCGAUAAUGGUCACUGUGCUCAAAAGUGGGCAAGUGCCUGGUGGUACAACGGCUGUUCCGAUGCGGAUUUGAACGGACCGUAUGGGAAUGUUGCGGAUGGGAAAUCAAUGGUUUGGUAUAAUUUCAAAAACGACAUUCGUGGAAUGAGUUAUUCCCGGAUGAUGAUCCGUGAGUUGUGAAAUCAUAUUAAGGCUGAUAAUCUUCGUUAUUCGAUAUUAACAUUACGAUAAUAAAUUCAUAAGCUGUAUUCAAUCAAUCGAUUUUGAUAAUAAGAGACCCAACAUUUAACUUUUCACACAUUUUAAAUGCCGUACUUACGAUCCCGUCUUCAUGCGUUGUUGGUACAAAAACAAAUACAUCAAUAAACAUGCUUGCUUCCCAAGGAUUCACAGACUCUCUACUAGGGAUCUGUAUCUUUGUCAUUUUUA